AUGACGUUGAAUGCAACACGCGGACGAUUUGCGAGAGUUUGUGUAGAAAUUGAUCUUGAUCAACCAGUUGUGGGUAAGGUGUGGUUUCAGAAUAAUUGGUUCAAGAUACAAUAUGAAGGACUUCAUCUCUUAUGUGGGGAAUGUGGCUGGUAUGGGCAUGUGACACGAGCAUGUCCUUCUUCCCCAAGCUCUUCCUUCGGUGCCGAUAAGCAAGGUCCAUCUAGUUCUCCAUCGGAAGGUGCCGGAGGGGGUGGCUUGGCGGCGCCAGGUCAAGAGGAAUCUAACCCUAGCACUAUAACUAAUCCCGUGAUUUUUGGCAACAAAAUGCAUGGUGAUUGGUACUUUUUCUCCAUCUGUUCAAUAAUUGAUCUCAAAAUUCUGGCUUGGAAUGUGAGAGGAGCAUCCGGAAGGUGCAAUCAAUUGCAUAUUCGUGAUUGUGUGUUAAGAGGUCAACCUGACCUUGUGUUCUUGUUCGAAGUUCACACAUUGUUUAAUACCUACCAAGGAUUUUGGGACCGUCUUGGCUACCAGGUGGUGGCUAUUCCAGAGGCUCGUGGUCACUCUAGGGGUAUUUGGGCUCUAUGGAAGAUAGGGAAUACGGUGCAAUGUCAAUCCUUUGCAAUGACUUCGCAGGCAGUUUCUGUUUCCAUCAAAACUUCCGGGCAGUCCUGGAUUUGUAUGGGUGUAUAUGCUAGUCCAUCUUCUCCUGCUCGUCGAGAGAUGUGGCAUCAACUUAACAUGUUACGUGAGACAUCUCAGUCGGCGUGGCUUUUGAUUGGAGAUUUUAAUGAUAUAAUGGUGGCAUCCGAACAACGAGGAGGCACCUUUGAUAUAAGUAGGGCUGAUAUUUUUGCUCAGCAGCUGGAGUCAUGUGGAUUGUUGGAUUUGAACCUGAUGGGGGCAAAGUUUACUUGGCAUAGAAGGCGUAAUGGGCUUUCAUUACACAAACGCCUUGAUCGGGCUGUGUGUGACAUUUUGUGGCGUACCAAGUUCCCGGAAGCUGUGGUGGAGGUCCUCCCUCGUGGUCACUCGGACCAUAACCCUUGA